AGUGAGGGUUGCAGGCAGGGUAGGGAUCAGGGGAACCUAGGCUGGGGGAUGUCCCUUCCUCUUCCUCUCCCUAUCCCACAGGUGAAGAGAAGGCUAUUCCCUUUCCCCAGUGCCCCUUCCCAUUCCAAGAGCAAGCAGCAGAUGCUGGAACCAGGCAGGACGUCUUGGGCAGCCGCUGUAGCCUUCCAAGAAGCUCCUAGCCUCGCUUAGCUUAACCUAGCCACAGAGCCGGAGGGAGAACCUUGGGCUCAGACCCUCCUAUUUCCCAGACUUCUGGGUCCUCUGGGCUCUGGCCUGCCCUUCAGACCAUAAGAAUUGUGAAGAAGCGAGAAUAAUAAACCCAGGCUUGGAGGAGACAGAGUAGACCUGAGAAGCAGGAAAAACAGUUUUCACCUGGGAAGGAGAGUGCUUCGUCUUCUUCGCCUCUCUUUCUGAAAGCGAUGCUAAACAGUGAACUCUUCUCCUUUUCUACCUACACAAGACCCUAGAAACAAACCUUUUCCUUUAGUUCUCUCCUCACCACGCGGAGAUUCAUUCGGGGGACAUUUACCCACCCUUCCCUUGAGGGAACGGGGCUCAAGCAACGCAGGGGUUAACUUUUCUGAAAACACAAUUAACUUUUUCCUAUCCUGCGUGGGGAGGGGAGGGAUAUAUUUAUUUAAUCACUGGGGGAUGGGGUGGUCUCAAUCCAAAUGCUCCCUCCUCCCUCCAAGGCACAGACGCCUCUUUCGCAGAUCCUACGUAGGUGGAACAGGACGCGUUGUGUUGUCGGGGAGAGAGAGAGAGAGAGAGAGAGGAGAAGGAGAAGAAGGAGGGAAAAAAAAAAAGGUUGAUAGGUUUGUGCGCGGGUCCCUCGCGCGGGCUGCGCUCCUCCUGGGUGCUAUUUGACAAUUCCUGCCUCUGCCAUUGGUCAGUGUUGGAUCAGAUGGUUGUAUUUCCUUCUGGCCCUCACUGGCACCUCGCCAUCCCCCCUCAGCUAAAACCCAAUCUCAGAUAUACUACUAAUAGGCGCGGCGCUCGGACUAUAAAACACAACAAAUCAUAAACCCGGCGGAGCAGCAGCGGCCGAGCGCGCCUCCCCUCCCAAUGAGUUCCUAUUUCGUGAACUCCACCUUCCCCGUCACUCUGGCCAGCGGGCAGGAGUCCUUCCUGGGCCAACUACCGCUCUACUCGUCGGGCUAUGCGGACCCGCUGAGGCACUACCCCGCGCCCUACGGGCCCGGGCCCGGCCAGGACAAGGGCUUUGCCGCUUCCUCCUAUUACCCGCCCGCUGGCGGCGGCUACGGCCGAGCGGCGCCCUGCGACUACGGGCCGGCGCCGGCCUUCUACCGCGAGAAGGAGUCGGCCUGCGCGCUCUCGGGCGCCGAAGAGCCGCCCCGGUUCCACCCUGAGCCGCGGAAGUCAGACUGUGCGCAGGACAAGAGCGUGUUCGGCGAGGCGGAGGAGCAGAAGUGCUCCACCCCGGUCUACCCGUGGAUGCAGCGGAUGAAUUCGUGCAACAGUUCCUCCUUUGGGCCCAGCGGCCGACGCGGCCGCCAGACCUACACGCGCUACCAGACGCUGGAGCUGGAGAAAGAGUUUCACUACAAUCGCUACCUGACGCGGCGGCGGCGCAUCGAGAUCGCGCACGCCCUGUGCCUGACCGAGCGGCAGAUCAAGAUCUGGUUCCAGAACCGGCGCAUGAAGUGGAAAAAGGAGAGCAAACUGCUCAGCGCGUCUCAGCUCAGUGCCGAGGAGGAGGAAGAAAAACCAGCGGAGUGAAGGCGUUGGAAAGGGAGGGGGGACGCGAAGGGAGCGGCCUGUGGGGAGCCGAGGGCCUCGGAGAGCCCCCGAGAAGGCUCUGCGGGCGGGGGACCCGGGGGACCUGCUCUCUAGCGCACGACACGUGCGGGGGGGGCCCAGCGCUCUUUGGACGCCCCCGCCCGCAGAGCUCUCAUUGGGUGCUGGGAGGCCCUGCCGCCUGAGCCCACCCAGCACCCUGAGCGCCCCCUCCAUCCCUGCGGGACCCGCUUCAGCCCCAUCAGGCUCCCCUGUGAGAACUGAGGACCGGACUCACUUGAUGUUUCCUGGAAGCAGAGCAAAAUGCUCUUGUCCGUGUCGCGUCUCAUUUCGUCCAUGUCCCCGGUGCACGGUUCAAUGGUAGAUUCGCAGUCCCCUCAGCGGGGGCCUCGAAGACUCCCUGACCCCAGACCUCUCUCCCACCCCCUCCUUAAAGCCACUGGAAGGAGCACAUACUACCUAGAAGUAAGAAGAGGAGCCUCAGAAGAAAACAAAGUUCUAUUUUAUUAAUUUUCUAUGUGUUGUGUUUGUAGUCUUGUCUUAGCUCUGGACGUGAAAUACUUCGGUAAUAAUAUUAAUAUUAUUAAUAAUGAUGAUGAUAAUAAUAAUAAAGACGUUAAAACUCGCCGCUCGGUCACCUCUGCUCCUCCCCUGCCACUCCCCCACCCCCAAGGCCACCCCAUCGUCCCAGUGCCGGAAACUCCGCAGCAAAGGCUGGAGCCCUGGUCGGCCCCAGCGGGCCCGACACGACUCGGAAGUUACAGUUGAGAUAAAGG